AUGCAAAAUAAAAGUGAAAUAUUUUCAGAUUACCUACUCAACAAACAAAUAUUAAUGAACUCAUAAAUUAUAAAUAUUGCCAGAUCAAUGCAAUUUUUUUUAUCUUCUUUGGGACUUAUGGAGGAUUUUAGAAUUUAAAGAUCCUUUAAAAUAUUUAUAUUCAUUCUCAGAAAGAUUAACACACAAUAAGGUAGAAUAAUUUACACUGAGCAGGAAGAGUAAGUCUAUAUUAAAAAAAAUAAUAUUUUGACAGGAAAAAUUAAUGAAUUAGGAAUGAUUGGGAAUUGGUAGAAGUACCCACUAAAAAAAAAGAAUAAAUUACAUCAAGGUUUUGUAAUCAACAGUUAGCUCCAAAAUAAAUUUUGAAUA